AUGGUGCGCACACGGUCAACGAAAGGGUGUUGGACGUGUAAGCUUCGUAAGAAGAAGUGUGACGAGGUGCAACCGAAUUGUGACAGGUGCACUAAGAGCGGCAUCGAGUGUCUUGGGUAUGGCGAGAAGCCGUCCUGGAUAGUUCGAAGCUCGAAUCCGAAGGGAAAAAGGGGUUCUAUUUCAGCACCUGGAGUUGCUAUCAAGAAGGCUGGAUCUGGAUCUGAAACGUGGUCAAAAGACAAGGAUGCCGAGUUACUGCUAUACUAUCUCGAGAAGGUAUUUCCGUUACAAUGGCAGUACUACAAAGGUUCGAAUUACUGGAUCCUGCCCUUGUUGUCGCGAUCUAAAGCAAUGUUCCACGCAGUCCUAUCCAUCGCAGCUGUUCAUAUGGCUUCUGCGAAGACAGGAAUUGACGAGUAUCUCCAGAUGCACCACGAACUCACGCUCAAGGAGCUAAGGAACACUAUCAGCAUAGAGAAAGAUCCCGAGACAAAUGUGAAGAGUCUUGCUGCAGUGGUAAUGCUGGUGUCGUAUGAAUUGUUUCGGGGAGGAUACGAAAACUGGGAGGUUCAUUUGAAUGCUGGUGUGGCUUUGAUGUCACUGAUAACUGACGAAGGCCGAGAAUGUGGCCCUCUAUACAACGCAGAGAUUGCCCGUAUUCCCGAAAAUCAGACAAGAUUGUUUUUGACAGCUUGUAUCAUUUGGAUGGAUGUUUCCUCAUGUGGAAUAAUGGGCAAAGCAUGUGGAAUGGACUCUUAUCUCCACCGAAUUGUUCGGUCCAAAUCUUUCGUGCCAAUGGAAGAAUUGAUGGGAUGCAAAACUGAAGUGUUCAUACAGCUGAAUGAGGUGGCAAAGCUUCACGAUUGGAAACGCAGGUUACAGGCGAAAAACAGCCUCUCGGUGACACAACUGAUUGAGAGAGGCAGCCACAUCCAGAAAACCCUGGGACUUGCUCUUCGUGAGACUGCCCCAAACGACCCUCUCAUUGACAGCACAACAAAGCUCUUUGCUCUGGCAAUUUUGGUAUAUCUUUCAGGCGUUAUUUCAGGCUUUUCACCUGCUAAUCCAGACAUCAUGGAGGCUGUGGACGAGGCCAUCUCGUUAAUGCGGCGCAUUCCCCAAAAUUACUACCGCGGAAAUGUGUUUCCGAUCUGUGUGUUUGGGUCUAUGUGCGACAGGAAGUACUACGGAUUUUUCCUAGAUCUUUUUAUUGGCGGCGCAAUGGAUGUUUCGUUUGGAAAUACGGCCGUGACGUUGAAGAUCAUCCAGAGGACAUGGGAGCUUCGCGAUGCCAACAGUGACAAAAGACUAAUCAGCUGGUUCGAUGCAGUUGAAGACUUGCAACUUUACGCAUUAUUAGUGUGA